UAGAAAGUACAUACACGAAGUGGCAAAGUUGUUUGCAAAGAUGAAGACUUAUAACUAUUAAAAAUCACGAAUUAUAUUAUUGAGACACAAAAUAUAAUGGGAUCUGUGGCGUCGACUCACGACAGCAAAGUAACUGCUUCGCAUCAGAAGGAAACUACAAGUCAAGCCUCAACUGACGACGCUGAUAUGGACAAAUCAAAAAAGGAAAUGGAGGCAAUCGUAUCGCGUCUGAAAACCCAGUUGGAACGCAAAGACGCAGAAAUUGUCAGAUUAUCAAGAGCGGCAGAGAAAGCGAUGCGAGAAUACGAUGAAUCGAAAAAUGGUCAACACAACGUUAAUAAAACAUCAAAUAGAAAACAGACGGUAUCCGUUCCGAGCCUUGAUGAUGAAAUAAAAGAGUUGAAGACACAAAUUACUAAGUUGGAAGAAAUAAUUGAAAGUAAGGACAAGCAAAUAGAUGACCUAACAAUCAAGUUACACAAGAUGAGACGAGACAAGGACAACCAGGUUGAAACUGUGAAAGAAACUGUGGAAAAAGUCAUCAACGACAAGGAUUCUGAAAUACGACGAUUGAAAGCUUUAUGGGGAGUAAAAGAAAGGGAUCAAAGCGAGGAAGGAACAAAACUGCUUGCUGUGAAGACGGAUAAGGCUAGAUUCGGUAUUUCUGCAGAAAAUCGUGCUUCAAAGAGUUUACAUCAUCACGUUAAAAACUUUCCCAAAACUGACUCGGAAAAGAAAAGUAUCGCCCGUGCUCUAAGAAGAAACAUAUUUUUGUCAAGUCUGGCUCAAUCUCAAGUGAAGGAAUUGAUAGAAUGUAUGCAGAAAGAGGAAUUGGAAGCAAAAUGCAAUAUUAUAAGAGAAGGAGAUGCUGGAACUCACUUGUACAUUAUAGAAGAGGGAGAGGUGGAAGUAUUUCAAGAAAAAUCAAACGAAAUGACCAGACUAGCUGUAUUAACACCUGGUUGUGUUUUUGGAGAAUUAGCGAUCUUAUACAACUGCAAACGUACUGCAUCAGUGCGUGCAAGAACAGGUGUCGUUCUUUGGUCGUUGGAGAGAAAAAGUUUUCAGAGUGUGGUUCAACGACGAGGGAAAAUGAUUAGAGAUGAAUAUAUUAAGCUACUCCAAACUGUUGAUCAAUUGCGCCAUCUACCGGAAGAAAAAAUUAUGCGAAUUGCAGAUUGCUUGGAGGAAGAAACUUUCAAGGCGGGGGAAUAUAUUAUAAGACAGGGUGAAUCAGGAGAUACGUUUUACAUUCUAUAUGAUGGAAAAGUAAAAAUAACCAAAUUUGAAGAUGGUGCCAAGCCAGAAGAUGAAGCAACCUUUUUGAGCUACAUGGAUAGAGGUAAAUUCUUUGGAGAAAGAGCUUUACUACGCGAAGAAAAACGUGCAGCCAACGUAAUAGCAUACACUGAUGUCGUCUGUCUCACACUGGAUAGGCUUGCAUUUAGUUCUUUGAUAGGAGCUAUAUCAGAGGUUAAUCUACAAGCUCAAAACCUUGAUGAAUUGGAAAGCAAGAAUCGUGAAGAAACGAAAACAAAGAUCUCCACGAUUGAAGAAGUGGCAGAAGAAUUCACGGAUCAAAAUAUAACAGCUGACAUCAAAGGAUUGACGCAAAGAGAAAAAAUUAUUUUGCAACGAACAACACUCGAUAAUUUGAAGGUGACCAAACUACUAGGUAAGGGAGGUUUCGGAAGCGUUAGUCUUGUACAUAUCCCAUCAAUCCCUAACAGGGCAUUUGCUUUGAAAACGAUCAAAAAAGCUUUCAUUGUAAAAACAGGACAAGAAACUCAUGUUGUUGCGGAAAGAAAUAUUUUGAUGGCAAUAACUUCUACGUUUAUUGCAUGUCUUCACAGAACUUACAAAGACGACCACAAUAUAUACAUGUUGAUGGACGCCUAUUUGGGAGGUGACAUUUAUAUCACUAUAAAAAGAAAAGGACCUUUAAAUGAAGAAGCUGGUCGAUUUGCCAUCGCUUGUGUGAUAGAGGCACUGGCGUACUUACAUUUUCGGUGCAUUGCAUACAGAGACCUGAAGCCCGAAAAUCUCAUGAUAGACCACAAUGGUUAUGUAAAGCUUGUGGAUUUUGGAUUCGCUAAAAAAGUCAAACCAGGAAACAAAACAUGGACUUUUUGCGGAACGCCAGAAUAUUUUCCGCCAGAAAUUCUUCAAAAUUUGGGUCAUGAUUCAUCAGCUGAUUAUUGGUCUCUCGGUAUACUUACAUUUGAGCUUCUCACUGCAACUACACCGUUCUUUGCGCCAGAUGAUUUGACCGUAUAUGAGAAGAUUGUUGAUGGAAUAGAAAGAAUAAAAUUUCCAAACGAAGUGACAAAAAAUGCAGAGCUGCUGAUUCGGAAUCUUUGUCGACUCGAUCCGAGGAGUAGAAUUGGAAAUAUGAGCGGUGGAGUGAAUGAUAUUCGCAAGCAUAGAUGGUUUCGUGGGUUUUACUGGGAGGGUUUGCGUCGCCAGCUUGUGAAAUCACCAAUAAAAGUAAAUAUUAGUGGAACAAAUGAUACCAGUAAUUUUGAGAAUCUUCCCGUCGAAGAAGACACCGUCAAUAGUGAAGAACCAUUAGAUACGUCGUCAUGGGAUCAAUAUUUCUAAAUCUAUUUUAAGUGUAUAAAUAUUUUUUUUUUUUCGGACGAAAUAAUAAAGUUCUUGUGCCGUAAAUAAAAAAAAAAUAUUUAUUUAAUUUUCAUUGCUCGUUCAAACAUUUAUUAAUCUGACUAGUCUACACGAAUUUUUGGAUACCCAGAAACAGUACUUUUUAAGCGAAGACAUUCAAGUAUACCUAUUUGCUGAAACUUUAAUCAAACUCAACCAACGGCCAAACAAUUGGAAGGCCAUAUUUUCAGUAAACGUGUUUCUUUACACAAUCCAUUUUUGUAGCCUUGAUUUUUAUCUGCUUUUUAUCAAUUACUUUGCUUAUAUACUGAUUACAAUGAUUUUAUAUGUUGCUUUGUUUUUCAGAUGUAAUUUGGCGGUAAUUGCGUGCACGUGUUAUUGAUAUAAUAAUAUA